GGGGCUGGAUUAUUGUUGAGGAUGUAUUUGCGUCGCGCAUGCGCUGGGCGCAGCUAGCCUCGUCUUCUAUACGCAUGCGUGCUGUUGAGGAGACGGACAACCGAGUGACAGAGACGAACCGAGGAAGCAGCGGCUGAGAACGUCCCACACAGAUUCGCUGAACCAUCUAGGCACCGAGAGAAAGAUGCAAGCUUAGUGGAGACAGAUUGGCCCGCCGCGGGAAUAAUAAGGGAUACCGGACACAUGAAAACACUGACAGGCCACACACGAAACUGUUUACUCAUCUCUCAGUGAGGCACUGCCUGUCUUCUUUAACCCUAUUAUACACACUUUCCUUCUUUUUGCAGACUCUAUUAUCUUUGCUCCUGACGGGCUUUUGUCUCCCCCUCCCCCAUAACACUCUCACCUCUUAAAGUGUCUCCCUCCCCCACCAAGUCACUGAAGCUCCUUCUGUCCCCAAGUAGCAUACUUUCACUUUUUUGGCAACACAUAGCCUGACUCUCCAUCUUUCAGGAUCAUUAGUCUGGUGCCAUCACGGUUCUCUCUAUGGCCUCUUUUAUAUGACAGAUUUUGGGGCUAAGCCCCGCCCCACAUCUGUGUAUUGUCCCUCUCUAUCAUAAUACCCCAUUCUCAGUUGGAUAAUCAUGGGGGAGACCAAGGUCAUCUACCACCUGGAUGAACAGGAGACCCCAUAUUUAGUGAAGUUGCCAGUCCCUGCAGAGAACGUGACCCUGGGAGAUUUUAAGAGCGUCCUCAACAAACCUAACUGCAAGUUCUUCUUCAAGUCUAUGGAUGAUGACUUUGGGGUAGUUAAAGAAGAAAUUUCUGAUGACAACGCUAAGCUGCCAUGCUUCAAUGGAAGAGUUGUGUGUUGGCUUGUAUCUGCUGAUGGUUCACAGUCUGAUGCCGGCUCUGUGUGUGCUGAUAUCCAGUCGGAUUUACCUCCACCAAUUGAGCGAACUGGUGGAAUUGGGGAUUCUCGGCCCCCAUCAUUUCAUCCAAACACCCGAGGCAGCCAGGAGAACUUGGACAAUGAAACAGAGACCGAUUCUGUCGUUUCAGCUCGUCGAGAGAGACCAGGAAGGAAGGAGUCAUCUGAACAUGCUAAUAGGCUAAAUGGCACAUCAAAGAUGGAGAGGCGAAGAGAUAAAGGAGGAUAUGAGAGCUCUUCUACAGUCAUGAGCAGUGAAUUGGACUCUACUAGCUUCUUUGACUCUGAUGAAGAUGGAUCCACAAGCAGGUUCAGUAACUCAACAGAGCAGACCAGUGCAUCGCGACUGAUGAGAAGACAUAAGAGACGCAGGAGGAAACCAAAAGCACCUCACAUUGAGAGGUCUUCUUCGUUCAGCAGUAUCACGGACUCUACCAUGUCUUUGAAUAUUAUCACUGUCACUCUGAAUAUGGAGAAAUACAAUUUCCUUGGUAUCAGCAUUGUGGGACAAAGCAAUGAACGUGGGGAUGGAGGUAUCUACAUUGGUUCUAUAAUGAAAGGUGGAGCUGUGGCUGCAGAUGGGAGGGUUGAGCCAGGCGAUAUGUUACUCCAGGUAAAUGAUACCAAUUUUGAGAAUAUGAGCAAUGAUGAUGCAGUGCGAGUGCUGAGAGAGAUUGUACACAAACCAGGACCAAUUACUCUUACAGUUGCCAAAUGCUGGGAUCCCUCCCCUCGCAAUUGCUUCACACUACCCAGAAGUGAACCAAUAAGACCGAUUGACCCAGCAGCCUGGAUUUCGCAUACAGCUGCAAUGACUGGUACUUAUCCGGUUUACGGUAUGAGUCCUUCGAUGAGUACAAUCACAUCGACUAGCUCCUCCAUUACCAGCUCCAUUCCAGAGACAGAACGUUUUGAUGACUUUCAGUUGUCCAUACACAGUGACAUGGUUACCAUUGUGAAAGCUAUGAGUUCCACAGAAUCUGGCCUGGAAGUGAGGGACAGAAUGUGGUUGAAGAUAACCAUCCCCAAUGCUUUUAUUGGUUCUGAUGUUGUAGACUGGUUGUAUCAUCAUGUUGAAGGAUUCACAGAUCGAAGAGAAGCCAGGAAAUAUGCCAGCAACCUCCUAAAAGCAGGAUACAUUCGGCACACUGUCAAUAAAAUCACUUUUUCUGAACAAUGUUACUACAUCUUUGGAGACUUGUGCGGCAACAUGGCAAACCUCUCCCUGAAUGACCAUGAUGGCUCCAGUGGAACAUCUGAUCAGGACACUUUAGCACCCCUGCCACAUCCUGGAGCUGCUCCAUGGCCAAUAGCAUUUCAGUAUCAAUAUCCACUGCCUCAACCAUAUAGCCCUCACCCUGGAUUUCCCGACCCCGCAUACAGCUAUGGAGGUGGCAGUGCUGGCAGCCAACACAGUGAAGGUAGUAGAAGUAGUGGCUCCAACCGAAGCAGCACAGAGAAACGGAAAGAUCGCGAGACCAAAGAUUCCAAGUCUGGAGGAAGUGGAAGCGAGUCAGAUCACACCACGCGUAACAGUGUGCGUAGAGAACGAGCUGCCAGUGAACGGUCAGUUCCAGCAAGUGAACACAGCCAUCGCAGUCACCAUUCCAUCGCACACAGUAUCAGGAGUCAUCACACACACCAGUCCUUCGGUCCUCCAGGAGUCCCACCUCUUUAUGGUGCCCCAAUGAUGAUGAUGCCAGCACCUCCAUUAGUUAUGGGACCCCCAGGAGCCCCACCCAGCCGUGACCUUGCCUCAGUGCCACCUGAACUCACCGCUAGUAGACAAUCCUUCCGCAUGGCAAUGGGGAACCCCACAGCAAAGAAUUCUGGGGUGUUUGACUUUCUCUGAUCCUAGAGUCAGAGAAAGUGCAUGAUCCCAAGCCGGAGUGGGUCACUUCCUGUGAACUUCUCAUGACAUCACACUGUAGAGAGGAGGAGAAUCCAGCACCACAGGAAGAUAAUGUUUUUAGCAGAAGACUUCGGAAGGGAAUACCGCAAGCCUUACAUAUUCAUUGAAUCAAGAAAGUACUUUAUAUAACCUUGGAGUGCCAUGAAGCUUUGCAUACUCUAGUUCUAAAAUGGAAAAAAUGACUAUUCUUAUAACACAUUCUGUAUUCGCAGCUCCCUCCUUUUAGAAAAGGUACAUAUUUGAAAGUAUUGGAUUUUAGCUCAUUCAAGCUCUUUUUCUGUUACGGGGCAUGCAUACUUUUGCUUUGCCUGUUUUUUUAAAUUGUUAGCAAUAUUUUGCACAUGUUUUUGGCAGUGGAGGGGUUAAAAAUCUUUUCUCCUGGAGCUUGUCACUGUUCGACACAUUUACACUACAUUGUCUCUGUUUGUUGCAAAGUAUGAGUGGAAGGAAUUUUCUCCUGUACCUGCAGAAGGUGUCAGGAGCGGUGCUAAAAAAUCUAUUUUUAUUAAAACGCACAUUCUGAGCAUCUCCCAGUUAACUAAAACACUAGUGAAAUAAAGGCACAAUGGUUGGGGGUGCAGGAAAGACAACUGAUUGUACUGACAGUGACCUUUACCAUGUCACACACUAUGCAUAGAGCAGGCACAUGGACGGAAUGGUGAAUAAAUGAGUGCACCUAAAAGAAUGGCAGAGGGCUUAUAUAGAAAGACUUAAAGGGGAACUAUCCCAAAAAUGAACAUUUGAUAAGCUUCCUCAUACUGAAGUAAGAAACUUUCUAAAUAAGAUCAAUUAAAAAUUCUGCAUUGUUACUGAAAUAAUCAAG